AGCGCCUCAUGGCCAUGGUGUAUGGCCAAGCAGCAAGCGGUGAUUCGCACCGGGCCCUGCGACUCGGCGUUGGGCCGCCUGAAGAAAGCUGGGAUUCAGGCGGAUGUGUACCACUUCAGUGCAGCCACGAAACGCCGUCCCUGGCGUGUCGCCUACGACCUUCUGAAGGAGGCGCGUCAGCAGGGCCUUCGACUGGACGUGGCCUUCAUCAACGGUGCCGUCUCGCAGGCACCCUGGCGGCUGGCUCUUCGGCAGCUGACGGCGCCGGCAGCUGACGGUCUGCAGCUGAGCGAAAGGUCUCUGGGGACGCUCUGCGCGGCGUGCACGAAGAGAUGGAGGCUGGCUGCCUUUGUAUGGACUCAGGCUAAAGAGGCCGAGAUCCCUCGCAGUCUGAUCACGGCCAACUCGUUGGUCAACAGCUUGGGACGAGGAGAUCGGCGAGGUUUGGGGCGUCCGAACCGGCUUGAGAGGAAGGUCCUGAGUAGCGUACGGAUGAACUGGAGAAGGGACAGAAGCAAGGCCAAGAAAUGGUUGCAGAUGCUGCUGGCACAAUUGGCACCAUUCCGGAGCCAGCUGGCAAUGGUUUCAAUGCGCAGGAGAGAGGUGGCACGAGUGCCUGCACUUUUUCAGCCAAAUGUCCAGAAACGACUUGCAAGUCGAGCCCUGGUUUUCAGUGGGGAUAUUGUCACGAUGGGUUCCAUGCAAACAGCACUGCCCUGGUCCAAUGCCUGCGACGCGCUGGAAAGUUCCAUGCAGUCCGGCUUAGAGCCACACCUGGGAAUCUUCCGGAUGACUUUCAGCUCCAAGGGUCAAUCUUGGCGCAGUUCGUUUGCGAUACUUGAGACGAUGGAUGCGAUGCAUCUGCAGCUGGAUGAGAUUUGCAUCAGCUCUGCCUUCACAUCGCCGCGGGCUGCCUGGCGCCACGGGAGCGACGUCCCAGCGCGGCUGCGCCGCACGGGGCUGGCAGUGGACCGGGUGGCGCGCAACGUGGCGCUGGCGGCGGAGGAGUGGAGGCGGGCCCUGGCCGCACAGCGAUCCGUGGGAACUGGGUCCAUUGGAUGCCUGGAUUCCACGGAUGUCACCGUGGUGGUGAAAGGUGGCCUGGCCUGGCAAGGCUCGCUACAUCUCUGCCAGUCCUUGCAGUGUGGGAGGUCUGAUGUUGACAUCAUCCUCUACCAAGCAUUGGCAAAAGCCUGCAGCGCUGGUGCCGCAUGGUCCCACGCCUUGAUGUUGCAGAGGUUGUCACCGUGGCCCAUGGCUCUUGGUGCCGUGGUUCAAGGCCAGUGGCGACGUGCCAUAGAAGACCUUCCUUCUCCAGGUGCCGUGGCGGCCGUGGCCACUCUUCGAAGGUGGCAAGAGGCGUUGAAGGCCAUCGACACCUCAGGCGCAGUGCCUGCAGUGAAGCUUCUGGUUCACAAUUCCGCCAUCGUGUCCAACAAGUCUCGUAGAUGGGAACGUUCCCUUCUGUCCCUGGCAGGCUUGAGAUGCGAGGCUCUGCAACCGGACAUUGUGAGUUUUGGAGCUUCCAGUUCUACUUGGACGAAGGCCUUCGGGCUCUUGAAGGCAGCCCGGCAGUCUUCCGUGCGCAUCCACGGCGAGAUGUUGGGGCAAUGCUCGGCGGCAUGUGAUGCCUGGGUCACCGUGCUUUCACUGCUGGAAGAGGGCCACAGCUGCAGGCUGCAGAUGGAUGACGCGCCUUUCAACGCGUUGAUGGCGGCACUGGCGGAGGGGCCCACCCCCGGCCCUAAAGCAUGGCGAUUCGCGGCCGCCGUGCUAUCCGAGAUGAAACUGCUUCGUGUGGCCACUGUGAUCAGCUACAACGCCUGUCUGGCGGUGCCCAGAUCGAGCUGGCCAUGCUGGCCGUUUUCUUUGCAUCUUCUCUUCCAACGUAGAACGCAUUUCACCUUCGACAACGAUACCUUUGGCGAUGCAGGACGGGAAGUGGUGACGAAGGGAAGUGGUGAUGAAGGGAAGUGGCGACGAUGGGAAGUGGUGACGAAGGGAAGUGGGGUGAGGACGGGAAGUGGCGACGAACGAAAGUGGUGA